UGAGUCGUCAGCAGCCGAAGGUAAGUGCGAUGUACCCUGAUAGGGUCAUAUGGACGGAUCCAACUGCUUUUGACAGAUCCUCGCUCACAUGUCUUCAGAAUGGCAGCUCGUAGGAUAUGGCCGGGAGAGCUUGAAACCUCAUGCAUCCAAAGCCACACCUGCCAAACCUACCAAACCCAUCCAGCCUGUUCAAACACAGCCUACCGACCCGGCCCAACCCGUCCAGCGUCCGGAGCCUGUCUGCAAAGAUCAAGCUACUGCCAGCAAAACACAGCCGGAAACCCUGAAGAGACCGCAAAAACAACAGAAAGCGCAGGUUCCGUAUUCUCAGGCCCUUAAGCGCCCAGCUCCCCAUAUCGCCACGCAGCCUCGGGGCAGUUAUCAGAGCGCUAGAGGACGGGGAAGCUCCAAUGCGAAACGUGGACAGGGAACGCCAGCUCAACAGUCGAGCCGUCUCUUCAGCGAUUCCCCUGCUAAGUCAAAGUGGAGAGUGGGCACUCCGCCUACAGCGUCUGUGAGAUUGUCUAUUCCAUGGGGAUCAUUCAAGCAUGAAUUCUUCGCAGCAGCAAGGUCGUCCGUGAUGGGUAGCGAUUCAUCUGCGACACAGUGUCGAUAUGAAGUCUUUGAAGUGAUCAACCGGAAGACUGGUGCCUACGUUAAACCCCCUCAUUUUUCAGACCCUUUAAUCCAUAUAUGGGGUGAGCUGUCGCAAGCGGCAUCUGCUCAAGACAUUCUUCAACAGGUUUUGAAUAAAUGUAAAAGCAUUUCAACGACCCUGAAGAAGAAAUCAGAAUGGGCCAGAAUCCACGGCCAUUCCGAAACCAAGGAGGCCAGGUUCGAGUUGCAAGAGCGACAUGGAGCUAUCUUACAGCAACUUCGAAGACCGCCAGAGUCGCUUGCCAUGUACCCUGAACAGUUGCUCUUCUUAUGGCCACGGGACGGCCCGUCUCUCCGAGAUUCUCUUGGGCCACAGCUGGAAGCCUUGGACACCAUUCGGGCGAAGUUCGCGUGUCAUCUGUACAUUCCAAAUGGCCUUGCGGACUUCAUCUGUGUUGUUGGUUGUGAUCAUGACACGAUCAAGGAAAUUGUUCGCCGUCUGAGGACGAAGUGGAGUGAAAUAAUCGCGAGCAUCAGCGUCAAAGCUAAAGUUUAUGUCGUCGAACCCCCGCCGUCUGGCACCGUGAGCAAGAUUCUUACCGAAAAACCAAGGAAUGCGCCUUUCGUGGAAUUUGCUCUAGUUCGCGACAAGAUUGAAGGGACGGCCCUUCAACAGUGGCUGGCCCGAGCUGCUAUGAUCCGAUCCAAGAACGAUACUCGUCUUCUGAACGCCAUUGAGAGGUCACUGCGGGGUGUCGCCUUCGUUCGAGGACACUUGCGCAUGCGUGUGAACCUUGGCUCAUUUGUUCUCUACGAGUACCGCCGUCCAGUAAACGGCAAGUCUUACGAUUUUGAAGAGUUCCGGGAGAUGCUCCUACAUGAGCAAACUAAGGGUCGUCUGAUUCCGGGAUUGAAAACAAAGCAGGAUAAUCUUCUCCAGAGAUGCUAUGAAGCAACCGAUCUUCUCGCACCAUAUGAGCGCACGUCGUCGUCGUUGAAAGAUCAUGAACUUCUGUACUCUGUUAACUUCGAAUUCCAAGGGUCGAACACUGCGAUGCUACGCCUCGAGGCCGAAUUCGCCAAAAGUCCUGGGGCGCACGAAUACGAAGUCACGCAAAGAAGAUGGCUCAGGCCUCGUGGAAGUGGCUCAGUUACUGAAAAUCGUCCUCCCUUGCAGAUUGGAGUCGUUGACCUUGAGAGAUCGGAUUGGCAGAUAGAGAUCAAAUCCCUUGAAUUCUACGAGGCGUCUGCGAUCGAUUCCAAAUUGAGGGCGUUUUCUCACUCUGUGCGGUUCCAAAGGAGUUCUGAUACUGGCGACAUUUGCGCGGCGCCUCGUAGGAAGGUCAUAUUCCCAGACUCGGAUCCAGUUUCACGGUUUGUCGAAAAGACUGCCAUUAGGUAUCGGCUGAAAGGAACAAACUAUAUCUUCGAGAUUGCCCGCUAUGAUGAGUACAGCCGUCCCCGUGGCGCGGCCCUUUUCGGAACUGCCUCGGUCUCUUGGGGAGCGUCUGUGUUCGAUCCCAACUGGGACAAUUUGUUGGGAGAGCAUGCAAACCUACCAGUCGGUCAUAGUGCCAGAUACAGCCCCGAUCUGCACACGUUCUUCCCGUCUCGAAAGCCAAGCUCCGAACCAAAUUAUCCGGGCGUCUGGGAGUUUAUCGGCUUGGUCAGACUGGUUGCCGAAUUGCUUGGUCCAGUCCGGGCUUUGACUGAGCACGCUAUGCAUCCUGCACCUGCUUCGAGGGGCGCCAAUAUCAAGAAAGAACCGAUUCCGUCAAAUGACGCAGUGGCUGUUGGUGACCGUGGCGGGAUGCUCGAUGCUGACCUUGGUACUCUUUUUUGA